AUGAUGAAUGACAAUGGAGUGCUGUGUCAAGUGAGUGGGGUUGUGUGUAUCGUGUCCUGCUAUGGCAGUCUAUGGACUAUGACUUUUAUAUCUGUGAACAGAUUUUUCUUCAUCUGCAAACACACGAUCUACAACAAAAUCUUCAGCUUCAAAGGCACCCUGGCUUGCAUCAUUCUCAUCUGGUCCUGCACUCUCCUUCUAGAUGUGCCCAGUCUAGCCGGCCUGGGGGGUCACAAAUAUGUGGGUCUCUACUUGUUCUGCAGUUACACACAGGGGGGCGAGAGGUGGUUCAAUGUCUCAUUCUAUACCAUUUUGGCACUUGGAGUCCCGAUGGUUGUCAUCACUUUCUGCUACAUUCAGAUUUAUCGCACUGCUUCAAAAUCAGCCGGAGUUCUGGGCCAGCUGAGCAGUCGUCGGCAGAAGGACCAGAAGCAGAUGCUGGUCUCGCUGGCCACCAUCUACGUAGCCUUUCUUCUCACCUGGCUCCCCUAUGCAUUCAUAGUCCUCACUCAGGGACUCAAACUAGAUGUCUACAACUUCAUGCCUCUCGAGCUGAUACUUUGCUUCGACCUGUGGGCCCAUUUCAACUCGGCUAUCAAUUUCUUCAUCUACGGAGUCACCCACAGUGGGUUCAGAAGGGCAUACAAACAGAUCAUCUCCAAGGUCAUUCCCUGCUACAACCCGAUUUUGAGAACCAGAUCGUCUGCCCACCCCCCUGUAUCGAAUAACAGCCGACAUCGGGGCGAAGAAAUCAACGGGAGUUGCAAUCCACCCAACGCGACUGGCAAUCUCAACAAUCGCCCGGCGAUCAACCAAUCGAAAUAUGCGCAGCAACAUUGA